AUGCCUUUGGAAUCUCGCCGGUAUCCAUCGCUGGUGAUGGGCGUUGUAACAAGUUCUAAUAUCACGCUGGUCAGCGAGGUCAGCGGUAUUCUCGGCUUAGGAUUCUCACGACACUCAGAAAUAUCUGCGAGGGCUGCAAGCGCCACGCCGUUUUUUUCGACCUUGGCUCAGCAAGGCAUACUGGACUAUCCGAUUUUUGGAUUGAGUCUUAAGAGGAAUGCAACCAGAACGUUUACCCUCGGAGCCAUUGAUGUAUCUGUCGUGCAAAACGUUAGCCAGGUUGUAUGGAACGAGGUCGUAUCAUUCUCUCCGAUCGGUACACAGACCAAUAUAUCUGGCUACUUCUAUUGGGUGAUUCGUAUGAGCAGCUUUGCGGUCAAUGGAACUCAAUAUACUCCUCAACCGACCUAUCCUGGCCCAAAUGGCAAUUCAUCGAUUGCUCUUUUGGACGUCGGCACUACAGGACUAUAUGGUCCAUAUCAAGAUGUCAGUUCCUGA